GCCCGAGCUGUCAGAAGAUGAAGCAGUGGCCGCUAUUUACUUUCAGUUGGAGGCUAAGAUAGUAGAUGGCGGUGAAGUUUUUGUGGCGGGGAACUGGCUCCCGAGCUGCAAACUCUUUAAAGAUGAGCACUUCCUAGCCGCGUUCGGUCUGAGCCCGGCUUUUCCCAAGGGUAAUCCGGCAAAAGGGGGUCCGGUUGACUUGUUUUCGCUUUUACUUGUUAUAUUUUGCUAACUGUGUUUUUGUUCUUUUUGCAGAAGCUUCCUUAGCUUACAUAAAGGAAACUGACCAAGAGAUGGCCGAACGACUGACCUCCGCUGCACUGAAGGCGGCUCGGAUUAGGGCCGAGAUGAAGGCCAACAAGAUUAACAAGCCUUCCAAGCCAAAAGAUCCUUCCAACCCUAAACCGAGGAAGCGCAAAGAGCGCACUGAAGAGAGGGUGGAGAUGACGGAAAAGGCUUUGGCGAAGGCCCGAGCCGAGCAGGAGGCUUCUGCAAAGAAGGCUAGAAAGGAGCCUUCCGUCGAGGUGAAUAGUCCUCGACCCGAAUCUGAAGGCGGGGGGACCCAUGUCUCAGUCCAUCCCUCAGAUUUCGAGCCUGUUCGGAGUCCGGGGUACGUACCGGAGGCCUCUCACCCUUCUCCGGUCGAGCGCUCUUUGUCCGAGGCGCCGGUCCCGUUCACCCAAAUGUCCAAGACGGACAAGAAGAAGAGGAUCUCCGACGCACUGGAGAUCCUAUGUACUCAAACUGACCGAGACCACAUCAAUGAGGUCAACCAGAGGAAUGAGUCGAGUGAGCUCUUCCGCUCUUGGAUGGACUUUUCCAUCCGAAUGACUAAAGUGGCGGAAGACCGGCUCGCCCUGGUACAGGAGGUCUCGGACCUGAAGGAGGCGGCUCGGAAGCACUUCGACGAGGUCUACCAGGCCAAGGAAGCUAAGCGCCUGGCCGAGCUCCGCUUGGAGGAGGCCAACAAAAAGAUCGAGAAGGGCGAGGCGACCUGGAAGCAAGAGAGGGAGGAUUGGCAGGUCGAAAGGACCAACCUUACUCUUGCCAAGGAAACGCUGAGUCCGCCAAAGCUACGGCCGAGACCAAGCAGGCUCAGGCCGAGAAGGACUUGGAGGAGGUCCGGCUCAAACUCUCUUCGGCCGAGGCUCAACUGA